AUGAGGACAAACCUCAACAUGGUCUGGCCAGGUUGUUCAGUGGUGGCGUCUGUAUUUGGCCUGGUGGUUGGGCAGGUUGGCUACCUGCCGCCCCGCUCCGCAAGGCAGGUGGGUUGGGUGCCCGCCUGCUACCUCCACUAUGCAAGUGGCAGCUUGCUCCACGACUACGACCAACCAAUAGGCGCAUACAAGUAUAUCCAGGAGCUAUGGAGGAAGAAACAAUCGGAUGUGAUGCGCUUUCUUCUGAGAGUCCGAUGCUGGCAGUAUCGCCAGCUCUCCGCGCUCUACAGGGCUCCCCGCUCCACAGGGCCGAACAAAGCGCGCAGACUCGUGUACAAGGCCAAGCAAGGUUAUGUCAUAAACAGGAUUCGUAUGCUUUGCGGUGGCCGCAAACACCCAGUGCCUAAGAGUGCGACGUAUGGCAAGCCAGUCCAUCAUGGUGUUAACCAGCUAAAGUUUGAUGGAAGGCUUCAGUCCGUUGCUGAGGAGCGAGCUGGACGCCCCUGUGGGUUUCUGAGAGUCCUGAAUUCUUACUGGGUUGGCAAAGAUUCCACAUACAAAUUUUUUGAGGUUAUCCUCAUUGAUCCUUUCCGUAAAACUAUCAGAAGAAAUCCUGACACCCAGUGGAUCACUAAACCAGUCCACAAGCACAGGGAGAUGCGCGGCCUAACAUCGAAGAGUCAUGGCCUUGGAAAGGACCACAAGUUCCACCACACUAUUGAUGGUUCUCAACGUGCAGCUUGGACAAGGCGCAAUACUCUCCAGCUCCACCGUUACCGCUAA